GUUCAGUGUGUUUUUGAUAGGAUCGGGUUAUGUGUGUGUUGUUUUGGAAAUUUUUUGUUAAAAAAAUACGAAUAAACAAUAAAUAGACGGCAUUUUAUAAAUUCAGGCGCUCACUCGAAGUUUGAUUUUUCAAGUCGGCCGUAUGAAAAAAGUGUAGAAAUUUUGUGAAAUUAAAUAAAUAAGCGGAAGUGCGAGGUGUAGGUGUGGAAUUGUCGGAACGUAUUUGCGCUGGAAGAUUGCGAAUCCGCCCACGCUACCCUGCACACAGUAAUGUAAGGGCCGCAGCACAUAGCGCACGCAGCGCCCCGCGCGGGCGCACACUGCACGCGACGCAGCAGCCAACAUGGCGGUGGGGGAGGCGCGGGUACCACUGCUGCACGACCAGCGCGGCCCGCAGCACCAUGAGCCGCUGUCGGUGAAGGCGGCGCCGGCCCCGCUGGGCGGCGGCGCGGCGGUGCUGACGUCGCUGCUGGCGGGCGCGGCGGCGGGCGCGCUGGCCAAGACCACCAUCGCGCCGCUCGACCGCGCCAAGAUCAACUUCCAGACCUCUCAGACGCCGUACUCUGCGCGCGCCGCCCUGGACUUCCUGGUGAACUCGGUGCGGCGCGAGGGCCCCACCGCCCUGUGGCGCGGGAACUCCGCCACCAUGGCGCGCAUCGUGCCCUACGCCGCCAUACAGUUCACUGCGCACGAGCAGUGGAAGAAGAUCCUCGGGGUGGACACGCCCAGCCACGCCAAGGCGCACCCGCUGCUGCACCUGGUGGCGGGCUCGCUGGCGGGCGUGACGUCGCAGUCGGCCACGUACCCGCUGGACCUGGCGCGGGCGCGCAUGGCCGUGACGGACGCGCGCCAGUACCGCACGCUGCGCGCCGUCUUCGUCAAGGUGGUGCGCGACGAGGGGCUGCGUACGCUCUACAGGGGCUACCCCGCUACGGUGCUGGGCGUGAUCCCAUACGCCGGCGCCUCCUUCUUCACGUAUGACUCGCUCAAGCACAAAUAUUUAGAGGUGUCGGGCUCGCCGCCGCACGGCAUCACCAACAUGGCGUUCGGCGGCUGCGCCGGCGCCCUCGGCCAGACGGCCUCGUACCCGCUGGACAUCGUGCGGCGCCGCAUGCAGACCGCGCGCAGGCUGCCUGCAGGACACUACCCCUGCGCCACCAUCCUCGGCACCCUCAGGGAGGUCUACGCGACAGAGGGGUGGCGCGGAUUCUUCAAGGGUCUCAGCAUGAACUGGGUUAAGGGCCCCAUCGCCGUGGGCAUCUCGUUCGCGACCUACGACGCCAUCAAGACCUUCCUCAGGGAUAUCGCCCUGAACUUCAGCUAGUCGCGACACCCCUGAGGCACUGAGACAGCUCUGAGAGUAAGGUGAGUCCGAUGUUAGACGGAAACGAACCGAGAUAGGAAAAAAGCGGGAAGAAACAAAGUGGGAAACAAACUGGAACAGAAACAGAAACAAGAAUGAAUGGGAAAUAUGUGGGAAGACAUAAACAGAGGCGGAAAUUAGAUAAACAAAUCAAGAAAUAAGAAUGAACGGGAACAAUGUGAGACAGAAACAAGCUGAGAUACGCGAGUCAGAAGAAAAUGGGAUGUAGAGAAUGAGAUAAUUAUGGGAGAUGGAAUGUUUCGUGAUGUUUUCAAUAAGGUAUUAGCUUGUCGUGUUGAUACAGCAAAGUUAGUGUUCAUUUAAAAAGUAAUUAACAGCUAAACAGAAAUGAUGAGAAAAAUAUUAUUUAAUAAAUGAAUCAAUAUUAUGAACGAAGAAAUUAUCACGAUAAACAAAACAAAGAAAGAUGAAACAAAAUUAGAUACAACAAAACAUGUGAACGAAACUAAACUACAUUAACAAAGACGGUUACGUAUCAAAACAUGUUUUGAAACAUUUUGAAAUAAAAUAGAAAUUGGAGGUAGAAUUCAAAAUUCAACUAUGAAUUUGGUUGUUUUUAAUAGAAAUUGAUUGCAAGGAACUGGAAAGUUUAAGAUAUUAAUUUUAUUAUUCAAAUACCUUUUUUUUAUGUAAAUUUGAUGUCCACAUUACGAUAACACAUUGUUAUUAGAAAUGCGCCAAAUGUACGGUAAAUGUUCGCCACUAAAACCGAAUAAUAAGUAUUCGAGUUAGUAGAUAUAUCUAAUUAAAACACAUAAUAACGGGUUCUUACCGCGUUUAAAUCAGGGAUGUGAGACUCCCGAUAUUUCAGAUAUAUGUAGAUAUAUAUCUAUUUUUUAGAUAUAUCUAGUUAUUUUGGCGUAGGACUGAUGUUGACAAUAAAGUUUAUAAUAUUUACAUCGCCGCUGUGUGCACCUCUAUAAUAAGAUACAAACCACGGUAUCGGCCUGACAACCAGCCGGCCGUCCUGGAGUUAUUCGGUAGAUACAUACCUAGUGUCAUGGUAUAAGAAGACCAGAUAUGCUCAAUCCUAUGACAAGCCGCCAUUGCUAGCCCAUUGAUGACGUAAGUGUUACCAUUCAAUUGGUAUCUCCAACAUUCCAACUUAAAUUUUAUUAUUGAAAAUUGAGCGAAUUACUGACUCACGUAAUUAAUUACUAUAACUUGACUCAUAUAUAAAAAUCAUUUUACUAAAAGUUCAAAAUUGCCUUGCAUAGUAAAUUAAAAACAUUAGUCGUAGGUAGUUUAUUUUUUACGAAAUGGCAACGCAGGGUGGGAUGACGUCAGCUGGGCUAACCUUGAAAUGCUAGCUGUCACUUUUGAGCAUACCUUGUUUAAUUACACUAUAAAUUGGUUUAGGCCUGUCCUGGAUUCGAACCCUCGCCUUGGGAUUGGGAUAGUGUGUUAGUGAGUGUAUAUAAUUUUGUGUAUGUAAUUUUGCAGGUCUGUGUAGUAUGCUGUAAAAUAUAUUAUGAUACAUGCACGCUAGUGUAGUGGUUACAACUUGUCGCGUUAAUAUUGUUAAUCUACCAUUUUGUAAAAAUAUUGGUAAUAUGUAAAUGUAUUAUCUGGCAACAUUGCCUGUAAAAAAAUUCUCACAGAAAUAAUUAUUUUAUUUUAUUUCUGAAUGUUUUUUAAAAACGAUGUGUGCAAUAGUUGCUUCAGUUGUUAGUUGUAUGUUUUUUUUAUUGUUUUUCACAAAGUGAAAAUUAAAAUUAUAUAUAUUUUUUUAUAUAUUUUGAAACUAUGUAAUUAUAAAGGCUUAUCUGUGGUUUUACAAAAAAAAUGUUAUAAUCUCUAUCAAUAUUUGUAUUUAGUUAUUAUGCAGGAUGUUAGUGACAUCGUAACAAACUGAUAAUAAAAAACAACUUAAAAUUUUCAUGUUUUUGCGACAGAAAAUUCCACUUGAUAUCAACUUAGAGUCAUGGUCUGAAUCAUCCCCCUCAGUAUUCGUUACGGUGUCACUAACACUCUGUAUAUCUUGAAACCGUGUAAUAUCAAAGGCCUAUUUUGUGGUUUUACUAAAAAAAAAGUUAUAUCUCCAUCAAUAUCUAUGCAAUAAUUGUUAUAUAAAAGUGGUUGUAAAUGAAAUAAAUCGCGCAAUUUUUGUUUCGUGCCUUACAUUCUAAGAUCUUAAGCGGAGCGGAGCUGAGCGGAGAUGUGCAGGAAUCGACCAAUCACCGCGAGGGAGAGAGUGACAGAGCGUCUUCGUUUGUCGCUCUCUCGAACGCUGUGAUUGGUCAAAUGCGCACAUCUCCGCUCUUCUCCGCCCAUCUCCGCGUCAGUGAAAUCCCAGCCUAACUCGACUCUUCCUCCGCUCCACUCGUACUCAGCUGAGAUUGUGGUAUUUUAAGUCGAUAUUUAGGUCACUGGAGUCGAGCAUGUCAUACUGCCAACAUAAUAAUACGAAAAUAAUGACGUCAUGGAUUACUAUAUAUUUCUUUUAUUAAAUUUUUUAAGUAACGUUAUUGUCUUGUCUUUGUGUGUGGCGUCCUUUUAUAAUAAACAAUGGCCCCGAUUCCUGCAGACACUUAAUUUUAUUUUAAGUUAUACCUGUCAUUUUCUUAUCCGCCGAAAAGGAAAGGGACGGAUGAUUGACAGCUCUUAAUUUUAGGAAGAAUGAGUAAAUGAAUGAAUAACGCGGGCGAAUCAAAAAGGUAUCUCGCCGGUAUGCAAACCGUUUGACGUGUGCUGUCAACAUAAUUAUGUCGGGUUAUUGGCCAAUGCAAAAUUUUUAGACGGUUGUUUUAGAUUUGUGCUUAAAAUUGACGUGUGUUCCAUAAAUUUUAUGCUUGUCGAUUAACCGUCCCUUUCCUUUUCGGCGGAUAAGAAAGUGACAGAUAUAACUUGAAAUAAAAUUAGAUGGUGUUUACAGGAAUCAGCACCAAUUUCUAUUCUAUUGUAUUUCUUACUGGAGUAGACUCGAGUUAAGGUUGAGGCGCCUUGGAAGAAUACUGAUGCUGAGUUUGAGGAAGACCAACUGGAGACGAGGAAAGUUGGAGUGAACAUGAUAGAACACGGGUGUUAGUAUGUAUGUGUGUGUAUGUUUGAGCUGUGCUAAACCUGACCCGAUGUUGAUUGUAACGGCCGAUGGCUUUUCUACUUUUUGGUGGAUAUUAUGGCUUAGGGGACAUCUCGUCCCAGUGCUAAACUGGGCCCAGGGACGAGUUUGCCCUUUCUAAUCAAUGGUGUAAUCGUCCCAACAACUGAUACAUAGUGGGCCCAGUUACCCAUUAUCAAAUUAGAUGAGAGGCAAACUCGCCCCUGGGCCCAGUUUAAGACUGGGACGAGAUGUCCCCUAAGGCGAUAUUAUUAUGUUUAGUGUUGCCAUAGGGGAACUAUAUCAAGUGUGUAAAGGUGCAACCACACCGAUGUUACUUUGUUAUUUUGAAAAAAAAAAAUAUUUUCGCUUUUAUGAAAAAAGACAAUGUUUUUCGAUAGUUUUAGAUUUUUCUUUAUUUAGUAAUCAGAAUUUCAUAAUUUAUUAUGAACCUAGUACACAAUCCAGUUGAUAUCACGUGCCUCCUAAGAUUUGUGCCCGGUUAGUGACAAUAGACGGCCUCCGUGGUCCAGUGGUUGAGUGUUGUGCCCACGAUCCGGAGGUUCCGGGUUCGAUUCCCGGUGGGGACGAAUCACAAAAUUCACUCUGUGAUCGCUAGUUUGAUUAGGACAUUACAGGCUGAUCACCGGAUUGUCCAAAAAAGUAAGAUGAUCCGUGCUUUGGAAGGCACGUUAAGCCGUUGGUCCCGGUUACUACUGACUGAUGUAAGAGAGUAGUUAUUACAUAAGCCAUGUCAGGGGUCUUUGGCGGCUCAAUAAUAGCCCUGACACCAGGGUUGAUGAGGUUGGUAAACCACUUCACAACCCACACGACAGAAUAGACUUACCUCCUAUUUUAUACACAUCUGCCUACCCCUUUGGGGAUACAGGCAUGAUGCUGUGUUGUUGUUAUGUGUGUGUAUGUAACAUCGGUGUAGGGGCACCAUCAUACUGUAGAAUUUGUAAAUAUUCGCUCUAGUGGCGAGUUAUUUGUCCUCAAAUGUUAUUAAUUAUAAUGUUAUGUUAUAUUGAACUGUUUUGUAGUCAUUUUGUUAAGAGUAUUACAAUUGUUUUUAAAUGUUUAUUGUUUAAAAUGUUUAUGAAACAAUUUUGUUGCUGACUUCGUGUUUACUCCCCCCGCGCAUCGGACACCGCGGCAUGACGCGUCUAUAGCGUACAGUCAUGAGCAAUAUCAUGUACCCACUUUAGAACCCUGUCGCACUAUCACAUUUGACAUUUAAUGAGACUUACAGUUCAAUUUGUCAAAAAAUCUAAUGUGACAUGGUUUCAAAGUGUAUGUACAUAUUAGUAAUCGUGACCGUACGAGUAUUAUAUACAGGGUGUUAGUGACAUCGUAACGAAUACUGAGAGGGAUGAUUCAGACCAUGAUUCUGAGAUAAUAUCAAGUGGAAUUUUUCGUCGCAAAAUUAAUGAUUUUUUUUCGUUUUUUUUUAAUUAUUUUCAAUUCUAUACUUUUGCGAUGGGAAAUUCCACUUGAUAUUACCUCAGAAUAAUGAGAUGAAUCAUCCCUCUGAGUAUUCGUUACGAUGUCACUUACACCCCAUUCAAGUACAUACAAGUAGCCAUACAAGUAAGUAUGGGUGUUAGUGACACCGUAACGAAUACUGAGGGGGAUGGUUCAGACCAUGAUUCUGAGUUGAUAUCAAGUGGAAUUUCCUGGUUCCAUAGUUUUGCGACGGAAAAUUCCACUUGAUAUUAACUCAGAAUCAUGAUCUGAAUCAUCCCUCAAAGUUUUCGUUACGAUGUCACUAACACCCUGUAUACUUAAGUACCUCAUUUAACACAGCUUCAUCAGAGUGACAGCUGUCAAAGUAUUAUUUUUUCCUUAUAUUGGUGCUAAUUCCUGUAAACACCAUCUAAUUUUAUUUUAAAUUAUAUCUGUCAUUUGCUUAUCCGUCGAAAAGGAAAGGGACGGGUAAUCGAACAAGCAUAAAAUUUAUAGAACACACGCCAAUUUUAAGCACAAAUCUAAAACAAGUCUAUAAAAAAAUUGCAUUGGCUAAUAAACCGACAGAAUUAAGUUGACAGUACACGUCAAACGGUUUGCAUACCUUUUUGAUUCGCGCGGGUUAUUCAUUCAUUUACUCAUUCUUCUUAAAAUUAAAGUCUGUCGAUCAUCCGUCCUUUUCUUUUUCGGCAGAUAAAAGAAUGACAGGUAUAACUUAAAAUAAAAUUAGGUGUCUGCAGGUAUCGGGGCCAAUAUGUCUAUAGAUACAUCUCAUAUAAUGGUGGAAUACCGCGUUAUUUAUCGCACCAGCGUUGAUAGCGUAACUCGUGCAGCAGGGCAGUUCCCGCUGCAUAUGUAACCUUAACUUUUUUGCGAUGUUUUAUUGCGACUAGCCCCCGAAGCAUGGUGCCCGCAUGUCGCGCGCGUUGCGAUAUAUGAACCAGUAGAAUUGCUGUAUUUUUCGCAUAGCUAAACGUUGAUUCAUAGUUCACACAUAUAUCGUACACGCGCGGUAAGCGUGUCGGUAAACUUAUUUUUGCUUCAGUUGGAAAGCUUUUAAAAUAGUGCCGUCCUCUUCUAAUGUGUAGUGUAAGAGAGAGAUAGCGCUAGUUUGAGCCAGGACACGAAGUUAGCGGCUGUGUACAGUCAUGAGCAAUAUAAUGUACCCACUUUACGACUCUGUCGCACUAACAUUAUUUGACAUUUAGUGAGACAGUUCAAUUUGUCAAAAAGUUAAUGUGACAUGGUACCAAAGUGUAUAUAUAAUAAUGCUCGCGACCGUACAUGUAGUGACGGUGUAUAUUGAGAGAUCAAUUUGGAAAAUUAUACGUUUUUACUGUU